UGUUUAAAGGAUUUAAAUUUCAUUUCCCGAUCCAUUAUUUUUGGACAAAGAUGAUGGUAUUUGACCAAACCUGACGCAGCUGUGAACUUCAUCUCCUUCACCACACUUUGAACUUAACGGCGUCUUCAAAGUCAUGACUGGAUUCGGUGUUUUACAACAUGUGCUUCAUUAUUUUGUGUGUGCACCUGUAAUCUAGAGGGAAGGAAAGAAUGUUGACAUGGACACUUUGUGCUGCCACAUGCUAAAGAUGGAAAUCCUGGAGAACAUGGGCGAGGAAGCCAUGGAGACAGAGGGAUCUGCCGUCAUAGCAACCCUUCUCAACGGCAGCUUGGACGGCUCUGCCAACUUCACCAACCUCACCUUCUUCCCGUACUACCAACACUCCCUGUACGUAGCAGCCAGUUACAUCCUGGCCUACUCCUUCAUCUUCCUGCUGUGCAUGGUGGGAAACGUCCUGGUGUGUCUGAUCGUCCUGGAGAACCGAUGCAUGCGCACAGUGACCAACCUCUUCAUCCUCAACCUGGCGGUCAGCGACCUCCUCGUGGGGAUCUUUUGCAUCCCUACAACUCUGGUGGACAACCUCAUCACGGGGUGGCCCUUCUCCAACACAGUGUGCAAGAUGAGUGGGUUUGUGCAGGGCGUGUCCGUGUCGGCCUCGGUCUUCACCCUGGUAGCGAUAGCCAUUGAAAGUUCGCACCCGACCGAACAUCCGUCACAGCUUCGCCUCGCGCCGUUAAACGGACACCCUCGUGUGAACGCGCUCACAUCGAAACAAAACGUUAAAGAGUGA